AGAUAAAAAGUGGUAGGGACACUACAAAACGAACGUACUCACCAAAUUCCUUUCAGUUUCUCCUCGAAAGUCACCACAAAAUCGUUUCUUACCUUAAUUUUUUUGAGUUAAUUUUACAUAACCUAUCUAAAUUAAUUAUAAAAUCAUCAUGUCUUGGCCAGAAAAUGUCGGUAUUUUAGCAAUAGAACUCAUCUUUCCUUCACUUUACGUGGACCAAACUGAAUUGGAAGCAUUCGAUGGCGUUUCUGCCGGUAAAUACACCGUGGGACUCGGCCAAAGCCGCAUGGGUUUCUGUACAGACCGCGAAGACAUCAAUUCAAUGUGUAUGACCGUUGUACAACGUUUAAUUGAAAAAUAUGAAGUUAAAUUUAGUGAAAUUGGUCGUUUGGAGGUGGGUACGGAGACUAUAGUUGAUAAAUCAAAAAGUGUUAAAUCCGUAUUGAUGGAGCUAUUUGAAAAAGAAGGUUGCUUUGACGUCGAAGGUGUAGACACCACAAAUGCAUGUUAUGGAGGUACAUCAGCAUUAUUCAACUCAAUAUCUUGGGUGGAAAGUUCAGCUUGGGAUGGAAGGUAUGCUUUGGUUGUUGCUGGAGAUAUUGCUGUUUAUGCAAAGGGCUCAGCAAGACCAACAGGAGGUGCAGGAGCUAUGGCAAUGUUAAUUGGACCAAACGCCCCUUUGGUUUUUGAUAGAGGAAUUAGAGCGAGUUAUAUGAGACAUGCUUAUGAUUUUUAUAAACCAGAUUUUUGUUCUGAAUAUCCAAAAGUUGAUGGGAAAUUGUCGAUUCAAUGUUAUUUAGAUGCUUUGGAUAAUUGUUAUUCGGGUUAUUGUAAAAAGAUGGGGUUAAAAGGUAAUGAGGUCAAUUUAGAUUACUUUGACGCGAUUUUAUUUCAUACUCCUUAUUGUAAGUUGGUUCAAAAAUCUUUAGCACGUUUGGCGUUAAAUGAUUUCAUAAAAAAUCCAGAUCAAUCUAAAUAUAACGAUUUCUCGCAAUUUAAAGAUGUUAAAUUAAACGAGACUUAUUUUAAUCGCGAAAUUGAACAAAGUUUUAUGACGUAUACAAAACAGAUUUUCGAAUCAAAAACGAAACCUUCGCUUUAUAUAGCUAAUCAAGUAGGAAAUAUGUACACCCCAUCUAUUUAUUGCGGAUUAGUUUCAUUAUUAAUCUCAAAAACGCCCGAAGAAUUAUCUGGUAAUAAAAUAGGUUUGUUUAGUUACGGAUCGGGUUUAGCGUCUUCGAUGUUUUCAAUUACAGUCAAGAACAAUCCCGACGCUUUAAAACGAAUUGUAGAUAAUUUAAAACCGAUUAGAGAUACUUUAGACAAUAAACGUAUCUGCGUUUCGCCAGAAAAAUUUAGCGCUAUUUUACAAUUACGCGAAGAAAAUUGCCAUAAAGCUCCUUAUGAGCCUCAAGGAGACAUCUCGCAACUAUUUGAAGGCACAUUUUAUCUUGACAGAAUCGAUGAUAUGCAUAGAAGGACGUAUAAAAGAUUUUCUGGACAAAUUUUAAACGGAAAUGUUUAAAAAAAACAUAGCAACAAAUUAAAAAGAAAAGAACACGUAUUACACAAAGAUAAUUAAUUUUAUUAUAAAACGUUAUUUUUUAAGAAUUAUGUAAAAGCAAGCUGUAAAGGUUGUAAAAUUGUUUUUAACUUGUAGAUAUUAAUAAAGUGGUUAAUUUAUAUGUU